AUGGAUUUAUCAAAUAAUAAUACGUCAUGUGUUAAAUUAAAAAAAACAACAGAUGAGAAUAAUCAUCAUGAUAUUUAUUGUUUUGAAUGUCAUCAUGUAGGAGAUGUUAUUCGUUGUGACUCCUGUCCACGUGUAUAUCAUUUAAAAUGUCUUAAUUUGACUGUACUACCUGAGAGAAAUUGGACAUGUCCAGAAUGUGAAAUCACUCAAUCAUCAUUUUAUAUAAUAAAUCAAUCAAUACCAUUACAACAUCAUUCAAUAAAUGAAUUUCAUAGAAUGCUUAAAUAUGCUCUUGGACGAUUGCAGUUACAUCCUCAAUCUAAACAUUUUAUACGAUCAAUCGAUUACAAACAAAUGCCUAAAUAUCUUGAUUAUAUCAUUCAUCCAAUGGAUUUAGAAAUUAUAGAAAAAAAUAUAAAUUUAAAAAAAUAUCGUUCAACUGAAGCAUUUAUUAGUGAUAUUAAAUGGAUUGUACAUAAUAGUAUUAUUUAUCAUGAAAAUCAAAGUAAAUUAACUAGUAUUGCACGUACAUUUCUUAAAAUUGCUCGCCAUGAAAUGACAGAAAUUGAACUUUGUUCAGAAUGUUAUUUACGUAGUACACAAUCUAUAACAACAGAUUGGUUUACUAAACCAUGUGCUAUUCCACAUACAUUAUGUUGGGCUAAAAUGAAAAGUUAUCAACCAUGGCCAGCAAAAGUUUUACGUAUUGUUAAUGAUGAAGUUGAUGUUCGUUUUUUUGGUCAACAUGAUCGAGCAUGGAUACCACUUAAUAAUUGUUUUGUUCUAUCGAAAGAAUAUCCAGGUUCAGAUAAGAAAAAAUCCAAUAUUAAUUUUGAAAAAAGUCUUAUUGAAUUACAAAUUCAUAUUGAUCAAUUAAAAAAACUUUACGGACAUUUUACAUAUGCACCUCCACAAACAUUAUUAAAUAAAACAAAACCUUUCAAAUUCGUUUCAAUUAUCGAUGAUUCCAUUUUACCUUCUUAUAUAACAGUUACAAAUAGCAAUCAAACAUUUCAUUCAUCUAUUAAACAUUCAAAACAACAACGUUAUUCAACUCAAAAUUCAUCGUCUGAGUCAAAUAAAAAAAAGUCUGUUAAACGUUCUAAUGAAAAUUCAUAUGACAAUCAACAAUUAGUUAAACGUCAAAGAGUUUCAUCUAAACAUAUCGAUGAAAAUCUUUUUUCAAAAGAAGGUCAUGAAUUACAAUCAACAUUAAAUGUAUUUGAUAUAUUAAAUCAAACCAAAAAUGAUAAUGAAAUAUCAUCAAUUCCAUUUAAAUUUCGAUCUAUUUCUCCUACAGAUAAUAAACUACGCAUUCAAGCAUUAUUACGAAAAUAUAUUAAAUGUAAAUCACCAACAAUCAAUCUUAUUACAUCCGAUGUUAGAUCAUCAAUGAAUGCAUUACUUGAUUCUGUUGAAACAUAUGAAUCAAUAUCUGACAUUCAUACAAAUGUGAAUAUAUUACCUGUAAAAAAUCAAAUGUCAGAACAACCUUACUUACCUGAAGAAUAUAUGAGAAUAAAAAAAACUCGAAAAUCUAAUUUACAACAUUAUAUUAUUCCGAAAAAUACGAAUUCAAAUUUUAUCACAUGUUCAUCAUUAGAUGAAUCACUUUCUUUAUUAUUACCAUUUGUACCAUUAAGACCAUUAUCAGUUAGUCCAUCAAAUGUGAAUAGUUUUGAAAGCAUUCCAUCUGAAAUACAUGAUAAUAGUAUAACAACACAACAAAAGCAAUCAUUAACAAGAACAACAUCAGUUGAAAUACUUAAUAUGAAAUCAGAACCAAUCGAUCAAGAUGAACAUCAAAUAACACAAUCAUCUAUUUCACUUCCUACAAUUAUGCCUGAUUUUCAUUGCACAUCUCAAAUAGCAACAACAAUCAUACCGAAGAAUAUUUACUCAUCAACAGUAUCCAUUAUUCCUUCUACACAACAAUCAAAAAAUCCUACACAUAGACGAUUAGAAUCAUCAAUAGAUUCUCCAACAUCGUCGAAUUCAUUUCUGAUGAAUUCACCAUUACAAAAACAAUCAAUUAAUACAAGACAGUCUCAUCAUAUUUCAAAUACUCUUCCUAUAUCAAAUCAAGAUUCUAUACCAAAAACUUUUCAAAUACUGCUAAUACCACAAUAUACAAAUCAAGUUCUACUAGAUGAUCAUCAAAUACGAGAUGAAAUCCAAAUGAUAAUAAAUAGUUUCAAUGAUCAAUUUCAACAAUUACUUGUUGAUUUAACCAGUAAAAUUGAAUUAUCUCUUCAAACAACACGCAUGAAAUAUGAAAAAAAUCUUGAAGAAACUCGUCGUUCUUAUCGUAUAUCAUUAAAUGAAUUACAUACAAUCACAACUGAACAAAUUCAAGAAAUUCAUAAUAGUUUAGAAUUACAAUAUUGGAAAAGACUUUCUGAAAUGCGUAAUCGAUAUGAAUCAAAACUUCGAUAUGAAUAA